AUGUCGACAACGGCUCCGGGCAAGCAACAUGCCCGCCACAGCUCACACCUCCCCAGGACUCGCUCGGGACCAAUGCCCGGGUCUCCCUCCAGAAGGUCUCAGAGUGAGCGGAGCACAGACGAAAGCAGCCCGCAAGCUGUUGCGGACCAUUCUCUCUCGACCCGUCGAUCUCGAGCCAGCUCUACCUCUAGCCAACCUGCAGCGAGGACUCCAGCAAGGUCCUUCUACCACCGUGCCUUUCACGGCCAGCUAGAUCCUGCCCACUACUCCUCCUCAGCUGAACUACGAGAAGAGACUGCGGAGUUGGCUUCGUUUGCCCUCUCUGACAACGUCUCCCCACCGGGGAGCCCGUCACGAAGCUCUUCACUCGACUCCGAUGAUGGUUAUCCCGAUGCUAUUCAGGAAGAAUCUGAACCCGUGUCACGAGACGGUUCCGAUCACAACUCGCCCACUACCGGCGAGCCUCCUGUCUCUGAGUCAAGUAUGAUGAACGAGAGCUUUCCGGAACAAGAGGCGGGCUAUGAGAAUGGAUCAUAUAAGAGAACCACGGCACACGGUCGAAACUCCUCCGACAGAGGCAGACCGACCUACGCAAACGAACGGACUGCUCUCCUAGGAGACCGCAAGUCUUCAAUACAGUUCGGCUCAUUGAACGAUGUUGAGCGACAAUAUGCGGAAGAUGAUAGUAGUUUCCACAAGAAGCUGAGGGCCACAGCUGGACGAGCUCGAUCAAUUGUUCAUGUGCUGUGGCAUCCAAAAGCCUGGAACCGGCGUACCAUCUUUGAAGAAGUCAUCGUGCAUCCGGUCAGUCUCCUGCCGGCUGUUUUCUUGGGUCUGCUUCUCAAUAUCCUGGAUGCUCUCUCGUACGGAAUGAUCUUGUUUCCAUUGGGGCACCAAGUUUUCGAAAAUCUGGGUUCGGACGGCAUAGCUAUGUUCUAUGUAAGCACGAUUGUGGCCCAAGUUGUCUAUUCUUCGGGAGGUUCGGUCUUUCGAGGUGGAAUCGGAUCCGAAAUGAUCGAAGUGGUUCCCUUCUUCCACAAGAUGGCCUUCACGAUCGUCAACAAGGUCGGAGAGGAAAACACGAAAUCCGUUCUGGCAACCACCAUCUUGUCUUUUGCCGUCAGCGCCAUCCUCACGGGCGUGGUUUUCUUCCUUAUGGGAGCCUGCAAAUUAGGAUCUCUCAUUGGUUUCUUUCCACGGCACAUUCUUCUUGGCUGCAUCGGGGGUGUCGGCUGGUUUCUUGUUGCGACCGGCAUCGAAGUCUCUGCCCGCCUCCCCGGCAAUCUCGAGUAUAACCUUGAUACUCUCAAGCAGUUGGUUCGAAGCGACACCAUUUUCCUCUGGAUUAUCCCAGUACUGCUUGCAAUCAUUCUCAUCAUUGUGCAGCGUUUUGUAAAAUCAAACAUGCUGGUUGGCGGCUAUUUUCUGUCGGUUGGCGCGGUCUUCUACUUUUUCAAGUUUGCCCUGGGCAUCCCCAUGGAAACGUUCCAUUCAAGAGGCUGGGUUUUUGAUCCACCACCUGCCGGGAAUCCAUGGUACCAUUUCUAUACUCUGUACGACUUCAAGGCUGUUCACUGGGGGGCCCUGGCAGAUACCAUCCCGGCCAUGUUCGCCUUGACAUUUUUUGGAGUGUUGCACGUCCCCAUCAAUGUCCCAGCACUCGGCAUCUCAACUGGUGAAGAUAACCUCAAUGUGGACCGCGAACUUAUCGCCCACGGCGUGUCUAAUUGCCUGAGUGGACUGUUUGGAAGUGUCCAGAACUACCUUGUCUACACGAACAGUCUUCUCUUCAUGGACAGUGGCGGCAACGAUCGUCUAGCUGGCUUGUUGCUCGCAGUCGCAACUCUUGGCAUCUUGUUGGUCGGGCCCGUUAUUAUCGGUUACAUUCCGAUCAUGGUUGUGGGCGCUCUGAUUUUCUUGCUCGGCAUCGAGUUGCUUGAGGAGGCCCUCGUUGGUACUUGGGGCAAGGUCCACAAGCUUGAGUAUGCCACCAUUGUCAUCAUCGUUGUUACCAUGGGGGUAUGGGAUUUUGUGGUCGGCAUCUUGGUCGGCAUCCUGCUUGCGGCCCUAAGUUUUGUGGUUCAAGCAUCGCGCAGAACAGCCAUCAGGGCCGAGUAUUCCGGGGCAGUUGCGAAAUCUCUGGUUCGCCGGCCGCCAGUACAGCUCACGUUCCUGAAAGAGACCGGUCAACAGAUCUUCCUGAUGAAGUUGGCUGGGUACUUGUUUUUCGGGACUAUUGUCGGAGUGGAAAAUCGAAUUCGAGCUCUGCUUGCGGAUGAUUCUUUCCGAGACCGACCGCUCAGGUUUGUCAUCUUGGACAUGGCCCAAAUCAAUGGCAUUGACUUUUCAGCUGCCGAGGCCUUUACCAGGAUCAAUCGGUUGCUGCAACAGCGGGGAGUCGAGCUCAUCGUGAGCAGUCUAGAUGUCGAUGGCGAAAUCGGUCAAGCCCUUCACAAUGUGGGCCUCUUCGCGGCAGAUUCGAAUGUGUCUAUCUUUUCCGAUCUCAACGUCGCCCUGGAACACUGUGAGAAUAAGCUGUUGACUGCGCUGUAUCGACAACAGGAGCAUCGUCGGACCAAGCGCGUGGCGAUGCAUCUUGAUGUUCCUCGCAGCCGCAGCCAAGAUCUUUCACAAUCGUACAAGGCCGAGUUCAUGGGCAGUUCGCCACGACGAAAGUUCCUUCAUCAAGUCGCCGAGACCGCUCUCGACGAAGACGCCUUCAGCACGAGCAAAUGGCAAUCCUUCAAGCAGCCACUGCCUCUGUUGCUUCAGAUCUUUGCGGAUUUAAGUGACAGGAAUGAAGACUUUUGGUAUCGUGCCACCAGAUACUUUGAAAAAGUGACUUACCCGCAAGGAUCCAUUCUGUUUAAUGUUGGUGACCGGCCAAAUGGCUUCUAUAUCCUCGAAGAAGGCAUCUUGCGCGCCGAUUACGACAUGCCACAAGGCAGAUUUUCGGAGCUCAUUGUCGCCGGACGGCCCUGUGGGGAAUUGCCGUUCUUUUCUCAGACACCGCGCACAGCCACCAUGACAGCAGAGAAGGAUUGUAUCACUUGGCAACUGGAUCGACAGAGGUGGCAUGAAAUGCAACGACAGGAUCCCGAUGUGGCCCAAGAGUUACUCACCAUCGGUCUGAAGCUGACCAAGGAGAGAAUGGAUGCGAUCACGUCUUAUGUUUUGACGAUGGCAAGCUAG